AUGUCCCAAGAGGAGCUGCAGCAGGAGCUCGAGGCCAUAGACGCCAUCUAUCCCGACUUCAUGGAGCGGCUGUCAGAGACCCAAUGUGUCAUAAAGAUUCCCGAGCACGAGGCCAUCAGCGUCCAUCUAUCCUUCCCCACCGGGUACCCGACGCAGUCGGCGCCACAGGUGCUCCAAGUCAACGGCGCGCACGACCCCAAAGCGCUGCGAGAUCAAUUCGAGGGCGUCAUGGAGGACAUCUGGAAGCAGGACGUAUGCAUAUUCGACUUUCUCACCGAAGUCGCCGAGGCCUGCUCGCAGGUCAGCGACCAGGAUUUGCUCUUGAGCGAAAGCGACGUGCAGGCUGAUGCAGCCCUGCAGCAACAGCUCGAGUCGCUGCAGCUCGAAGUCAGCGCCGCCGCGCUCGACGUUACUUGGUUCCAAAGCGAUCCCGUGGUUGACCGCGGCUCCACAUUCAUAGCGUUCGCGGCGCACGCAUCGAGUGAAGAGGACGCGUGCUUGAAGCUCGAUCAGCUGCGAAUGGACCCCAAAGUCAGCAAGUGCCAGCACGUCAUGACCGCGUGGCGCAUCCGCGGCGAGGGCAGCGUUACCUACCAGGACUGUGAGGACGAUGGUGAAACCGCCGCCGGCGGCCGUCUCCUACACCUUCUGACCCUCAUGGAUGCCUGGGACGUGGUAGUCGGUGUGGCGCGGUGGUUCACGGGUACCCACAUAGGGCCUGACCGCUUUAAGCACAUCAACUCCACUGCGCGCGAGGCCGUGCUGCGAGGGUCUUUCGCGGACGCCUCAAAGGCGGGAAAGAAGAAAAAAUGA